AUGUCUGGUCGCGGCAAACAAGAAGGCAAGGCUCGGGCUAAGGCCAAGACCCAAUCGUCCCGGGCUGGUCUGCAGUUCCCUGUUGGACGUGUUCACCGGCUGCUCCGGAAGGGCAACUAUGCUGAGCGGAUCAGGGCCGGAGCUCUCUAUCUGAUCCUCGAGCUGGCCGGCAACGCCGCCUGA